CGUACCGUGGCCUCAGGAGCGCUGGUAGCAUGAGGCGGGUCACCCUGUUCGUUAAUGGCACCCCCAAGAACGGGAAGGUGGUGGCUGUUUAUGGGACAUUAUCAGAUUUGCUGUCUGUGGCUAGUAAUAAGCUUGGAAUAAAAGCGACCAGUGUGUACAAUGGGAAAGGUGGACUCAUUGAUGAUAUCGCAUUGAUUAGAGAUCACUUUGUACAUUUCAUCAAUGUAGAUCCUCAGACAGACGUAAAAUUUCAUGAAGAACUAACAGGGUCGCACACGGAUUGGUUAACACUAAAUGUUGGAGGCCGAUACUUUACAACUACACGGAGCACUUUAGUUAAUAAAGAACCUGACAGUAUGCUGGCCCAUAUGUUUAAAGAUAAAGAUGCCUGGGGGAAUAAGCAGGAUCACAGGGGAGCAUUCUUAAUUGAUCGCAGUCCAGAAUACUUCGAACCAAUUCUGAACUAUUUGCGUCAUGGGCAGCUCAUUGUAAACGAUGGCAUUAAUUUGCUAGGUGUUUUGGAAGAAGCCAGAUUUUUUGGUAUUGAUUCAUUGAUUGAACAUCUGGAAGUAGCUAUUAAGAAUUCUCAGCCAGCUGAGGAUCAUUCUCCUAUAUCCCGGAAGGAAUUUGUCCGAUUUCUGCUGGCAACCCCAACUAAGUCUGAACUGCGCUGUCAGGGUCUAAAUUUCAGUGGUGCAGAUCUCUCUCGGUUAGAUCUUCGAUACAUAAACUUCAAGAUGGCUAACUUAAGCCGCUGCAACCUAGCCCAUGCCAACCUUUGCUGUGCAAAUCUUGAACGAGCUGACCUCUCUGGAUCAGUGCUUGAUUGUGCAAACCUACAAGGUGUAAAGAUGCUCUGUUCCAAUGCAGAAGGGGCAUCGCUGAAAGGAUGUAAUUUUGAAGAUCCCUCCGGCCUUAAAGCUAACCUGGAAGGUGCUAACCUGAAAGGUGUUGACAUGGAAGGAAGUCAGAUGACAGGAAUUAAUCUAAGAGUUGCAACUUUGAAAAAUGCAAAGCUGAAAAACUGUAACCUCCGAGGAGCAACUCUGGCAGGAACUGACUUAGAAAAUUGUGACUUAUCGGGUUGUGAUCUACAGGAAGCUAAUUUGAGAGGCUCUAACGUAAAAGGAGCUAUCUUUGAAGAGAUGCUGACGCCUUUACACAUGUCUCAGAGUGUCAGAUAGGACCUGGCACAGUUGACUGGAAGAAUACUUGCUGAAGAGGAAGAAAUGAAAACACUUAUCGUGACUUUCUUUCUCUACCCACUCCCUUUAUAAUCUAGACAUACCAUUUAUUAGACAAUAACUUAUAUCCUCAGUAGUGCCUAAGGAAACACCUCUGGUCACUUUUGGGGGGAGGGGGCUUUUAUUUAAUAGGUGUAGGAAUAGACAUUGUUGCUACCUUUUGAAUGGAGAUAGGGAAGUGGGCUAGUUUUAGAACCAGAAUGUUAUGUAUUUUUUUAAAAUAGUCUUGUUUUAGCAUCACCUCAUUUUGGAAUGCAUUUUUAGGAUUUUAAUUUAUAAAGCACAAUAUAUGCAAUUAUAUUUAUUACAUUUGUAUCUGCAAUAUAAAUAUAUGAAAUGUUAGUCACAUACAGUAGCAGAAAUGUUCAGGUUUACAAUUAGCAUUAGUAUAUUUACAGUUAGUUUCUUUAUUCAUGCACAGCAUAUUAAAUGAUGAAUGUGGUGGGGAUAGAGUUCCCAAAACAUUUUUUCCAGGUACUUUCUUUUGGGAGGGGCAGGGGGAGUGACAGCAUUUAAAUAAGUCAUCACAGGUAACACUGCCUGGUAGUAGCUUGAAUUUAGGUAUGCAGUGGCUCAACCAACUUCUGAAAUAUACAGUGGAAGCAUCUUUGCAACUCUAUCUUCACUAGAAAAUCUUCAUGCACAGCAGAGCUUUGUUAUAAUCAGAACUUAAAGGAGCAUGUUCCAAGACGCAUACUACUUAUUUAGUCCUUUCGAUGUCAGUGUGGAGUGCUGACAAGUGAAAAAUCUAUCUAGCUUAUUCGUGUCCCUUCUAGCACCAAGCCUAAGUGCAUGUGGUUUUUUUUGUUUGUUUGUUUUUU